CUCUAUGGUUAGUAGAGCAUGGACUCUAUUAUUGGUGUCUUAUUCUACGCUCGGUCUCCAACCUCGAACCUCGAACCUCAAAUCCCCAACCUCCACAUGAGCACGGGACAAUCCGAGCCAAUUAGCGAGCUAGAAGCCUACGUCACUCUAAUUUCAGGCGAACAUACCGCUAUGUAUCCCCAACCUUCAACACUUCUAAAACAGUUUCCUCUAACUACCUACCUAAGUCUAUAUUAACUCAGUUAAGCAGUUGACGCCGCAGCGGAGUUGUCUUUCAGAAUACUACCUACAUUCGUUAUUUACUACUAAAAUAGUAACAUUAUGAACUUAUCCAAACCCUGAAUUCCCUACCCUACCCUACCCUAGGUACUUACGGCGUCUGUUUCGCGGGAUCUGAUUUACGAGGCGAUCGCAUCUCAUUUACUGGCUUGCAGUCGGAUUGACUACGAGAUAAAGCUUUCCUCAGGUUUAGUUUAGCAGUGCUUUGAUUGAAAUUUCUAAAUUCGAUUAUUCCUUCGCCAUGCCUUCUAAUACUUCUAAGCCCUCUUCCGAUGAGGUCGACUUGGUAAUCCGCCAGGAUACUAGCAUCCAUAUGGAUUUACAUGUCACAAGCUCCAGUUUCAGUCUUAGUCAAGAACCAUCACAUGUCGCCUCAUCGGCUUUCAGCCAAUCUAGAAUAAAUGAGACUGAGGUUCAACCUAAACAAACCCCUGAUUGGGAUAAUCUUAAAGUCAUUCAUCGAAAUACUCUCCCGCCCCGAAGUCAUUUUCAUAUUUACAACACUGAAGAGGAUGCUCUUUCUGGUGAUGUGACCCGAUCUAGGGCCGCUCUACUCUCUGGUACUUGGGGAUUCGAAUUAUCUCCCGGCCCCUUCAAGGGUUCCCGAGACUUCUCUAAGCCUGACUUCGACCACACGGAAUGGAAGCUCAUCAAGGUACCUGGCAUGUGGCAGCUUCAGGGAUUUGGCAAGGGUCCGCAGUACACAAAUGUCAACUUCCCCUUUCCAGUAAAUCCCCCGCACGUUCCAUAUGACGAUAACGAAUGCGGGCGGUAUGUCACGCGCUUCGAGGUGCCGGAUAGGCUUAAGGAUGGGGAUCAAUGGCGGUUACGAUUUGAGGGUGUCGAUUCGGCGUUUACCGUCUGGUUGAACGGAAAAGAAGUUGGCUACUCGCAGGGCUCAAGAAAUCCGAGCGAAUUUGAUGUAUCCCCGUUCCUUGAACCCGAUUUAGAAAACACUCUUUGCGUCGAGGUUUACCAGCGAUGCAACGGAAGCUAUAUCGAGGACCAGGACCAAUGGUGGCUCAGCGGCAUCUUCAGAGAUGUCUGGUUGCAUUCUUUUCCUUCUGUUCGUCUUGAAGAUAUCCAUAUUCAGACGCUCCUCGACGACGAUUACAGGGAUGGGUUGCUCACGAUAGAAAUUAAGCUGAACAAAGCCAACGAGACUGUCACAUUUAAGCUUCUCGACCGCGAAGGCAAAACGGUAACCCUCAAUUCUCACACAAGACAGGCGCAACAGUACAAGCACGAGUAUCUAAUCAAGAACCCCGAGAAAUGGACGGCGGAAACACCUUACCUAUACACAUUAGUACUGUCCGUUGGUUCUACAUACAUUUCUCAAAAAGUCGGAUUCCGCAGGACCGAGCUUAUUGAUGGCGUCUUCUGCGUUAAUGGUAAGCCGAUCAAGAUCCGCGGCGUAAACCGUCAUGAGCAUAACGCGCAAUCCGGAAGGACGGUCCCGUACGCAGAUCUGAAAUACGAUCUCCAGCUGAUGAAAGCAUUCAAUAUCAAUGCUAUCCGCACUUCCCAUUAUCCAAAUGACCCUAGGCUGUACGAUCUUACGGACGAGAUGGGGUUUUGGGUAUUGGAUGAAGCUGAUCUUGAAUGUCACGGCUUUGGCGAAGUUGGUGGUGAUCCGGCGAGUUUCACGUCCGAUAAUCCUGACUGGAAAGAUGCCUACGUAGAUCGCGCGGUACAGUUGGUGACUCGCGAUAAGAACCAUCCAAGUAUUAUCAUGUGGUCUCUUGGAAACGAAGCUUUCUACGGCAGUAACCACCAGGCAAUGUACGACGCCAUCAAGAAGAUCGAUAAGACACGUCUUAUACACUACGAAGGCGACCAAGAAGCCCGGACGGCGGACAUCUUUAGUCGAAUGUACACAUCCGUUGAUGAGAUGACUAAAUACGCAGAGGAAAAGGAUUGGAAGAAGCCUUUCGUUAUGUGCGAGUUCGCCCAUGCUAUGGGCAAUGGCCCAGGCGCCGUACAUGAGUAUAUCGAAGCAUUCUACAAAUACCCACGACUAAUGGGAGGUUUCGUGUGGGAGUGGGCAAACCACGGCCUUCUCACCGAGACCGAAGACGGCGAGAAGUUCUUUGGUUACGGAGGCGAUUUCCAACCCGACGAGCCUCACGACGGCAAUUUCGUUAUGGACGGACUCUGCGAUUCGCUACAUAACCCAGGACCAGGUCUCGAUGAAUACAGCAAAGCCAUCGAACCGGUCCAAGUAGUUGCCGUAAGAGGCAACGAAGUGACGAUUGUAAACCGUUAUGACUUUCUAACUCUAGACCAUCUCAAGUGCUAUUGGAGCCUCGUUUCCGAUCGGCAACAGAUGAUCGGAAACGAAAUCUUCAUCCCAGCGGGCGUUAAGCCGCAUGCUAAAGCAACGUUGGUCCUCGGCGGCUUACCGAAGACUCUUUCUACAGACACAUGGCUCGAGUUAGAUUUUAUGGCACGCACCGGCAGUAAAUGGGUAACGCCCGGACGAGUCGUAGCCCGAGGCGAACUCCCCCUAACCCCGCCGCCAUCCCUCGCUCUCCUUAAAACCCUCUCCGCACCAGACCGUCCACACAUCCAGCGCAAAGAUGGGAUGCUCUACGUAACAAUUCGCUCCGGUAGCAUAUUCGGCUUUGACACCGGCAACGGCACAUUAUCCUCGCUAACCCACACUUCAAGACCCGACCAUAACAUCAUCACCGUCCCUCUAACCCUCGACUUCUACCGCGCGUUAACGGACAACGACCGCGGCGGGCCCCACGGCAAAGAAUGGAUAGACCGUAGAGUUCACCAGACACGCCACCACUUCUCGCAAAUAACCACCACCGAAACAGAAUCCGGCUGCGUCGUCGUCGUAAAAGGACGCGUAGCUCCCCCCGUCCUAGCCUGGGCCGUCGACACAACGAUAACAUACACACUAACAUCAGAGCACUGCAGCAUCCGCGUACAAGCCAAACCCAGCGGCUCCCUCCUCCCCACCACAUUCGCGCGUUUCGGCUUAUCCUUCGGACUACGCGACAUCCGCGUAGUAGAAUGGUUUGGCCGGGGCCCAGGUGAAUCAUACAUCGACAAGAAGCGCGCGCAGCAGGUCAACACAUGGGGUUGGGCAGCCGACGCGCUGUUCAAUUAUUACGAGUUCCCACAGGACAGUGGUAACCGCACGGAUAUCCGGUGGGUGGAGUUGCGGACACGGUGGGGUGGCGAGGACGAGUACCCGAAUCGUCUGUUAAGAGCACGGUUUGGAGAACAUCAAGGUGCGAGUUUUAGUGUGACGCCAUAUAGUACACGCGAUAUAGACGAGUGUAAGCACCCGUACGAGUUACGCAAGAGGAAGAGGGAUGAUCAUAUUGUCAGGUUGGACUGGUAUCACCACGGUCUGGGUACAGGGAGUUGUGGACCCGCGACUCUGCCGGAGUACCAGCUUAGGACAGAUCGGGAGUUUGAUGUCGAGGUUCUACUAGAUUGAGUGGUAGUGGUCGUCAUCUUGUAAUAUAAUAGGCUCGGACUGAUAUGCAUUCAUCUACUUACUGUAUACCUAACUGGAACGACCAAGUUGUCGACAUAUAGUUAACUAAAAAGCUAAAACAGCGCCC